GUACCUCAGGUGCUGUUGACCCACUGCAAAUAAUUCCCUGACAGCAGGACAUUGCUCGGAAGAGUCCCCAAGGGCCCUCAAUGAAGUGAAAUUGCUAUGAGCCUCUUCCUUACAAACCUGCAGGGUUUCCAUCACUGAGCCCAUUCAUCAGUGACCCUGGUGACCUGAGUUAUCCCUGGAGCUCACCUGACAUUUCCUCCUGGCUCUGGCAGACCUCUGCGUUAUGACCUGGCUGCUGGGCUACAUGAACCCCUGGGAUUCCAGCCUUGUGGCGGCCGCCCUCACCAUUGCUUUCAAUCCUCUCUUCUGGAAUGUGGUUGGGAGAUGGGAACAGAAAACCCGCCAGCUGAGCAGGGCCUUCGGAUCCCCCUACCUGGCCUGCUACUCCCUAGGUGGCGUCAUCCUGCUCUUAAAUGUCCUGCGCUCACACUGCUUCACACAGGCCAUGCUGCGCCAACCCAAGAUGGAGGGCCUGGAUAACCCCGCCGCCUUCUGCUUGGGCCUGGUGCUCCUGGGCGUGGGCACCUUGUUUGUGCUGUCCAGCUUCUUUGCACUUGGAUUCACCGGAACCUUUCUAGGUGAUUACUUUGGGAUCCUCAAGGAGGCAAGAGUGACCACAUUCCCCUUCAACAUCGUGGACAACCCCAUGUACUGGGGGAGCACGGCCAACUACCUGGGCUGGGCCGUCCUACAUGCCAGUCCCACGGGCCUGCUGCUGACGGUGAUGGUGGCCCUUGUCUACAUGGUGGCCGUCCUGUAUGAGGAGCCGUUCACCGCGGAGAUCUACCGGCAGAAGGCCUCCAGGUCUCACCGGAGGAGCUGACGGGUCCCCAGCGGCUCUGCCAAGGGCCUGCCCACUGCGAGGACGCAGCCUGCUCUGGGAGAGUGGUGCUGGGCCACUGCUCCUGCUGUGCCCAGCGUGGGCUGCUCCAGUGCCUUGGAAACCACUGCCUCGGGGGCCCUGGACAUGCUGCCGUGUGGCCACUGAGCCCCCCGCCCCUCCGUCCCCUCUGUGCCCACACUCGCCAAUAAAGACCCCCUGACCCCGGCA